AUGUCUGAUGAACCUGAAGCACGAAUGUGGGAUGAUGAAGGCUCUCGGUACGAGUCCCAUACUCGGGGGGCGUAUUUCGAAUCCGCAUUUGCAUCAUCGGAGCAUCUGGACAGAGCACCGUUGUUAUCAGAGGAGACCUACAGCGAGGUGCAGGUGGCUGCUUCUUCGGAGGCUGACCAUUGCCACUGGAAGCCCCAAUCGGAACCGCCGAGCUCCGUGCCCCAACUCCUCGCCGCCCUACUGCUUUGCGCCGUAUUCAUGGUCUGCGAGCUGAUCGGGGGCUACUUGGCGGGCAGUCUGUCCGUGAUGUCGGACGCGGCGCACAUGCUCAGCGACUGCGGGGGCUUCGCCCUUGCUCUUUUCGCGUUCCGCUGCGCUCGGAGGCCCCCCAAUGCCGCCAUGUCUUACGGCUACCGUCGUGCUGAGGUCCUUGGUGCGAUGGCGUCGGUGCUCCUCAUUUGGGCAUUGACCGGCAUCUUCGUGUACGUGGCGGCGCUGAGGAUACACACGGGCGAGUACAACAUCGAGCCAGACAUAAUGAUGGUCGUCUCCGGGUGCGGGGUGGCUUUCAACGUGGUGCUCGCGUUAGUGCUGCACGGCUGCGCCAGCGGCAUCGCCCACCACCACACGCACGGCGGGGCGUGCGGCCACACGCACGCGCACACACACGCACAAACGGCCCCGACCCGUCCCUGGCUGGGGCUGCGCAUGUUCCGGCGCUCGGGGGCGAAGCGCCCCAACGGCCUCGUAAACGGCGACUACAGCCUGAAGGAAUUGCCGGACGUCGAAAUCGACGCGGGCUCGCGCACUAAGAACAUCAACCUUCGCGCCGCCCUCAUCCACGUGAUAGGCGAUCUCAUCCAGAGCUGCGGCGUUUUGCUCGCCUCCGUCCUCAUCAAAUUUUACCCGGAAGCAAAGGUGGUCGACCCGAUUUGCACGUUCGUGUUCAGCGUGCUGGUGCUUCUAACUUCGGCGCGGGUGGUGCGUGACGCGCUCUCCAUGCUGAUGCAGGCGGUGCCCAAGGGCUUCAGGUACCGCGAGUGCGUGGCCGCCUUGGCGGGCGUGGCAGGCGUGCGCCACGUGCACUCGCUCCACGUGUGGGCCCUCUCCACCCACUACACGAUACUCACAGCUCACAUCGCCGUUGAUGACCUUGCCGGCGCCGAGCGGGUGCUGAGCGCGUGCCAGCGGCUCGCCCGCGACCAGUUCUCCGUGCAGGCGGCCACCUUCCAGGUGGAGAGGUACGGCGGCGCAGUGGCCGAGUGCCGGGACUGCUGGCAGCCGGCCGCCGCGCCC